UUUUGGGUUCAUCGCGGCUAAUCCCGUCGAGGCGAAAUAGUCUUUAAUAAAAGAUUUCUCCAAAUAACGCGAAUUAUUAUAUAUUUUGUCAGAACCAAAAUUCUUAAAAUUUUUUUUACAAAUUUUAAUAUUUAAACAUUUAAAGAUAAAAACAUAUAAAAUACAUGAUAAAUAGUUAUUUAGAAAAAAAAAAAAACAAUAAUUUAAAAAUUUUUUAGUUCAGUGUUUUUUUUCUCUUAUUCUUCUCUUGUGGAUAUAUUGAAACAAUUUUAUAUGUGUUUGAAGCGUGUGUGAAUCAAAAAUAACAUUGCCGAAAAAGCAACAAAAAAAAAACGUAAAAAAAAUAAAUACCCAAGGAUAACAUAAAAUUUGUAUAAAAAUUUUGCAAAAUCAUUAAAAUAUUUGUGAGAUUAUGGAAAAAAAAUGAACAAACUUUCUAAUGAACUUUUUUUUUUGUAUAAAAAAGCAUAUAAAAGUUAUAAAAACCCCAACCAUCAAAAAAGAGAAUAUUGAAUAAAAAUUUCACUCUCUUCUCCUCCCAGAGUCAAAUGUUGAAGAAGGAAAACAAAUGUAUAGUGUGUGUGUUGAAAAGAGACAACAGCAUAUGAAAAUCGUGGGGAGAUUCGUUUUAUACAAUACAACUUUAAAACUCGCUGUUUAAACAUACACACGGACACGGAGUGACAGUGAAAUAAAUAAAAGUAUAUUGCCAACACUCUUGCAUUCAAAUAACAAAGAUUCACUUCUAUAUUUACAUGUGUAUAUGCAUAUUAUUAGUGUGUGUGUGGUUUAAAGAAAAAUCUUCAAUUGUCGCCAUUUUCAUCACCACAGUCGCUCGCAAACGUCGUCGUGUCGAUGUUUAAUCGUCGGACUACACUAUUAUACCAACUAUAUAUUAGAAUUGAAAUUUCUUUCACAAGAAUUUUGAUUCAAUAUUUAACGCACAUUUAUCAAAUAAACCGUAAUAAAAAAAAAUCAAUCCUGUGUGGUAUUUUUUUGUGAGCCGUGGUGAAAAUUAUUAUUGCACAACCCAGAGCAGAAGUUUAAUUAUUUAAUUUAAUAAAACAAAAAGCAAAAAAAACGCAUCUUACAGCGAAAAUUUAAUAAUAAGGAAAAAAAAGUCAGUUCAGACGGAGCAACCCACAUAUUUUUUUUCUUUUGCGUUAUUUUUCAUCCUUCUUUUUAUGUGUAAGAAAGAAGCCUGCGUGUGUGUGCGUGUGUAAUAUUGUGUGUUUGUGUGUGUACAAAGAAAACGGGGAGAAGUGUAAGCUGAAAAAUAGCAAAGGAAAAAAACAAGCCAGUUUUUUCCUUCAACGAAGUAAGAAAAAGUGAGAAGGUAUCACACAAAUCGGGAAAAAUUUAUAUUCUUUUUUUGGCAUAAAAAAAAGUGAAUGCAAAAAAAUCCCAAGUAUACACCCAAACCCCCAACAAAGCAUAUAACUCAGAACCUGAUAGAAGAUCUUGUAAUAAAAAAAAAAACUAUUAUUGCAGUAGAGAGUAAGGUGAACUCUACUAUAACAGAGUGUGGUGAAAAAAAGCAUUUACAAAGAGUUUUUGACAUCUGAGCUACCAAUUGAUAAUGCCACGAAUUUUUCACCAUAAAGAAAACUGAUAAUUUUUUUGUUUUAAUUGAAUUUACGGAUAUUUAUUGAAAUUCGACAAAGUGAGAGAAGAAUAUAUACCUACGUACUACCAGUUUGUCAGUAGCAGAGAGCAGAGUGUGUAAAAGCCAUAACCAACACAUUCAAACAAAAAAGUUGAAACAGAAAAAAAGUAUGGAUAUACGUUUCGUCGCUGCCGUCGUCUCCCUCUCCGUCGUUGUUGCCUAAAAAAAACAAGGAGAGUGCGUGUGCACUAGUUGUUUCUUGUUCGUCGUCUCCUUUUCCCUGUCCCUCUUGCGUGACGAAGAAACCAAAAUACACAAAGUGGGGAAAAUUUUAGUGUUCAUAAUUUUUCUCCUUUCGUCGAGAAUCCCUCUGUUGUGUUUUUAAGUGGUGUGAGUGUGUGCCAUCAAACUCACUUGCUGCUUUUUUUUUAUGCAUAUAGAUAAUACAAAAAAAAAAUAAUCUUAUAUUUUACUCGUGUCGUUCAUUGUCGUCGGCGGUAUAAUACAAUAUAAAAAAGAAAAGAAGUGUGCAAAGAAGGAAUCGAAAGAAAAAGGAAAAUAUUCGGUACGGGAUAUACAAAAAAAAUAAGCAAGAAUCCUCUGCAAGGGGUGUUUGUGUGUUUUUUCGAUACUCUUUUUUUUUUAUAUAUAUUUUUUCCUUCUACUAAAGUGAAUUGAUGAUGAUGAUUAAGAAAAUUAUGUCUUUAAAAGUGUGGUGAAUAAUAUUUAUUUUUUUUUUAUUUCAAUUUCAACUUGAAUAUAAAGUAUGUUAUUGGCUUUAUAUUUGUAUAUGUGUGUUUUUUACCCGAAAUAAAGAUGUGUUAAAAGAAAAUAAAGAAAUUGUAUCUUAUAAUUAUUUUAUACAAAGUUUAUACUUAAAAAAAAUAAGAAAAAAAAAUAUUUAAAGUGUAAACUUAGUGUGUAAAUGUAAAAAAAAAAAAGUUAAAUGAAUUAAAAUUCACUCGAAAAUGAAAAUGAGGUGUGAAAUAUACCAACUAUGACGCAUCAAAAUCACCAGACUAACGGCGCAAGUUUGGAGGAUUGCCAUACAAACUUCUUUGCCUUGACUGAUUUGUGCGGCAUUAAAUGGCGCAAAUUUGUAAAUGGUGAACGACACAAUGCAUCGGCCGAUCCAUUGGACGAUCCAAUAUUACGCUCAUAUUCGCGAUGCAUGCAAGCGGAUAUGUUAUGCGUAUGGCGUCGGGUUCAAUCUACCAAACAAGAUCAACCCGACCCAAAUAAUACGAUGUCAUAUGAUAUUUGCACAUCGAAAAUACAUCCACCAUUGUCGUUUGCCGCAUCAAAAGAAUUAUGGAUAUUUUGGUAUGGAGAGGAGCCAGACUUAAAUGGUUUAGUUGAUACGGAAUUGUUAAGAGUUUCUGCAAACCAAUUAAAUUGGAAUGGAACAUGGGAGAAUGGGCUGACCUAUGAAUGUCGAUCUUUGCUUUUUAAAGCUCUCCACAAUCUUAUGGAAAGAUUUGUCUUAACAAAAGAUAUCGUUCGAUUUGGUAAAUGGUUUGUCCAACCUUGUACAACUAAUGACCGAAUUUUUGGGAAAAGCUCCCAACAUCUUUCAUUCUCUUUUACAUUCUUCGUACAUGGCGAUACGGUGUGCGCUUCAAUUGAUCUUCGCGAGCAUCCUGCUGUUCGACAGCUAACUGCUGAGCAUUUGGCUGAUGCGGCAGCAGCUUCAGCCGCCGCACAGUCCGGCCAGCAAGAUAUACGGCAGCGUAGUGUUAUACUGGCGCCAUUCGGAAUGGCAGCAACACUCACUGGUAACAGUUACAAGACUACAGACCCCCUCGCCGAGAAGAUACUCGAAGACUGGGCAUCAUUUUUUCCACUGUGCAAUAAGGAAAAUUCAGAUCUUCCACCUGUGGUUGAAGUUGUAUCGGGUGGCCACAAAAUGUAUCAUCCCUCGAUGUACGUACUAGUCACGGAUCUAGACGAAAUGGAAAAUGUGCUAGAAGAAACUUCAACAGAUCAAUCACAAGGUAUACUAGCUGGCAUUGGAUUGGGAUUAUCUGCAUCGGCAACAGCCUCAUCAUCAUUAGUCAAUCCGAGGGCAACACCAAUAAAUCACAUCUCACCUCCCACACCCUCGGCGUGUGGCUUGAUUCCAGUUUCGAAAGCAACGCCAACUGUUGGUGGUGUUACUUCUACACAACCAUCACCAUCGCCUGGUGGUGCUGGUGGUGGUGGAACUACCACAACAGGUGGUGUCACACACCAAAAUGGCGAUGGUGGCGAUAAUAAAUCGAUCUUGAAAAAGUUCGAACACAAAUCGCAACCAUUUUACGGGACUUCCAGAAAUAAUACUCACGCACCGCCACAGGCCUCCACCGAAAUGCCCGAAAGGGUGUGGCAAGACUGCAUCACGAAUCCCAUUUCCAGUCUAAGUUUGAAUUCAAAUUCAUGCGAUGGCAUUAAAAUGGAAGUGCCCGAUGUUGUUGGUGGUGAUAAUUCUUCUAUGAACAACAAUAAUAACUCAUCGUCGUCCAACACAAAGACAAUGUGGAAUUUUGUUGAUCCAUCACAAAAAGCGCAAUGUACUUGCACAAGGUGUAAAAAACCGACUAGUGGAAGUCGUUCAACUUGUUCGUCGUCGUCGUCUUCGUCGUCAUCAACUUUAUGUUCAGCCGCAGCUAAUAAACUGACUGGCAGUGGUGGCAGCAGCAGUGCUCGUCCCGAUAAAUCGACACGUUUCACUCGUAUACCGUUUCAUAAAAGGCACACCACCGCUGAUUCUGGUUAUGGUUCAACAACAACUGUCCUCACAGCUGUUGGUUCUAAUUCUUUAUUUACCACCUCCUCCACAUUGGCGGGUUGUAGAAAACCAAAGAAUCUUAGUAUUGAACAGUGUGAAGUGGAUCUGUCUAAAAGCGACGUCGACACCAUACCAAAUCAAAGAUCAAAUACAACUCCGGGUACUCCGCAUGGUGGAGGUUCAUCGUAUUCAAGAAACUCAAUUGGUGAUUCUAUGCCAGUACCUUCGGUAGGAUCACCAGGCAGUGCAGCUCCAUCACCACAUCCAAAUUCCACAUUAUCACAGCCAACUUCUGUUCCACCAUCGGAUCAGUUAAUGUCUGUGAUAUCACCUAGACCUCCAACAUCGGUGCCACCCUUGCAGCAACCGGCAACGCCGAUUGAUCAUUUACUCGACAAAAAUACACCUGCACCAACACCAACGGACCAGCAUGACAACAAAAGCAUUACUGCUUCGCCGUAUGUUCAGCCAACGCCAAGUGUUGAGCCACCACCAUCGGCGGAAAAUAUGCAAUGUACAGGUCCCGGAAGUGUCCCACCACCACCGAGUGUCGAGCGUUGUACGCCAAAUCUCCAGUGUGGCACUAUUUCGGUGAAAAAGUUCGAAACCACCGGAAAUGGGGGAAGUGGUGAGAGUGUUGUCGGAGGUGCAGGUGGUAGUAAUACACCACCAGCGAGCAUUCCAGGUGCAGAUACUCAGAUAGGAAAUAACAACAACAACCGGUGCAAUAAUUUAGCAUCGUCAGCGGCGACAACAGCAUACUUUAAUCUAUACAAACGUCCAAAACUGACAGCUAAAGAAAUCGAGGGAAUGGGAAAUGAUGAGCUUUUCUCUUCAGACAUGUUGCAUGACUUUUCGCUCACUGAAGCAUGGUUAAACCAUCCUGUGAAGCGUUUCAAAGCCAGUGAAACACCUAAACCACAUUGCACGAUGCGUCACACGAAUCUCUACGAUAGUCACACGCAUAUGAAACCUCUCAUGCCAACACCGGGCUCUAUAUACGAUACACAUCUCAUGAAUCUAGAGCUUUCAGCCAACCAAGCAAAUGAAAGCGGUCUUACAAACAAUAAUCUAUUCAACGCCAAUAUGCUUCAAGAGCACGAAAUCAAAAAGGAACAACACUCUGGUACUGAUCUCAAAGAGAAAGGCCUCACCGGACGUAAUCUAUUUACGGCCGAAGGUCUAAAUCCCUCCUACAAUGACUUGGAUCAAAUAUUUGAUAAUCCAGAUGAUGAGGCGGCUAUGCAAAUACACACUCCACCAGAUUCCAAUAAGUCAACAAAUGGGUGCACCAAUAAUAUUGACGACUUGAAACAACGCUCAACGAACAAUACAAAUACGUCUUUGAUGAAUAAUAAUAGUGCAUCUUGCAACAGUAACAACAAUAACAAUGCGAAUAUGAUUCAAGCAGAAGACUUGACAAAGAUGUUUCCAACUCCGCCGAGUCAUGAACAACAUCAUCCCAAUUCGAGUCCUUGCGCCAUUGAAAUCUCAAUGACGGAACUUAACGAAUCGGUGAAAUACAAGCAGGAAUACUCAGCCGAGCUGGGGAGUCCGGUGGAGGAGAAGAUCGACGAUUGGUCUUAUGUGUACAUGCCUCAGCAGAUGUGCAAAUUUGUGGGGUCCACCAAAUAUGCACCGCUGACUAAUUUGCCAAGUCAAACUUUGCCACCGCUUAUCAUUCCUUCAAAUUGUGUUUAUAAGCCUUCGUGGCAGCAGCCUCCACCACAGCGCCAGCAACAGCAACAACAACAGCAGCAGCAAAAACAACAACAACAGCAGCAGCAACAACAGCAACAACAACAACAAUUACUCCAACAACACCAUCAAGAGUUAAUGUCUAGUACAAAUCCUAAUAGCCUGCAUCCCCUGCAGAUGCAUCCACAACAACUUCAUCAACCUCCACCGCCACCUCCGUCAUCAACAGGCUCAAAUCUCUUGCUGAAUCAGCUGAAUUGCCCUCAAGCAGCUCUGACAAACACCAGCAAUCCAAUGAUGCAGCAAAUGCUGCGUGCUGGUCUGUCACCAAUAUCACCCGCGCCAGGGGUAAUUGCACCACCACCAGGUGCGGCAGGAGCCAUCUUUCCACCUAGCCCCAUGAUGAACCGCCGGACACCAUUGCAUCCGCCACCACCUUAUGAAGUUGCCACUUCUAGUCCAUCCAACUCAACAUCGUCCUAUCUGAACAAACAAUUUCACUCCCAGGAACCACCACAAACGCCCUCGGCGCCUGGUUCCAAUGCAUCUUGUUGCAUACGUCUGCCAGAGGUUAGUUCACUGAUGGUUAACAUUCUGCUGUAUGACACAGCGCUGAAUGUGUUCCGUGAUCACAACUUUGAUAGUUGCACGCUAUGCGUGUGUAACGCUGAUUCGGCCAAGUGUGUUGGCAACAUUCGAGGUGCUGAUUCCGGUGUCUAUGUUGCGCUUUCCGGUACAAGUUUCAAUCCAGCGAACAGUAUAAAUGGAACUGGUGCUGCUGGAGCAGCUGGAGGAGGAGGAAACAAUUCAUCACAGCAACAUGGGAAUAUGCGAAUGCUUAGUGCCUUCGGUGGACUUGGUUCACCGGCAUUGAUGGGUGGAGCGGCAGGAGGUAGCAAUGGACAAGGAGGCGCUAACAACCACAUAACUGGUUACCUUGACGAUGAUCCACUCUCAUGCUCGUGUGGCUUUAGUGCUGUAGUUAAUCGGCGAUUAGCCUAUAAAUCUGGACUCUUCUAUGAAGAUGAAAUGGAGAUCACCGGAAUUGCAGAAGAUCCUGCCAAGUAUAAGAAAAAGUCACUCCUAGCUCUCUUGGCCAGCCUUGCGUCGUCAUCAUCUACGAACGGUCGCAGUCAAUCUUCUUCAUUGGCUUUGAUGCCAGCAAAUGCAGAUGCCUUUAACAGCGAACAACACAUGAUCCUUGAUCUUCUUAUGGACCAGUGCACAAUGAUACAGACUUCAACAAGCUCCAUUCAUCGAGCACUGACCCGUCAUAGGAGGAAAAAACCCAAAAUCGCUCCCAUCACUCUUAUAUCGAAUGUCCUCGAGUACACAGACGCUAAUGACAUUAUCUGCCUGGCCUUAGAACAAGCGCGUCUAGCAUUCAACCGCAUGGAACUCUCAACAAAUCGCAGCAAUAGUCCACCACCAUCUUCAUCGGUAAGCGUUCAUAAGUGGCCAUACAUCCCAGCGGGUUAUACUCGCAACAACAAGGACAUUAUGCACAUCAUGAACUCUAUGCAACCUCUACUACAAAAUGCCUUCCACAUUAAAUCAAGUUCGGGACAAAAAGACGCCACAUACACGGUGAGUGGACCAUUGACAUGGAGGCAAUUCCAUCGGCUGGCCGGUCGUGCUUCUGGACAAUGUGAACCACAACCAAUUCCAUCGGUUACAGUUGGCUAUGACAAAGAGUUGAUAUCAGUUGCUCCAUUUGCUAUACAUUAUUGGGACAAACUCCUGCUGGAACCAUAUUCUUAUCACAGGGAUAUUGUGUAUUUGAUCAUUUGUCCGGAGAACGACUAUGUGAUUAGCAAAACCAAGACUUACUUCAAAGAACUCAGUACAACUUACGAGAUGUGUAAACUGGGCAGACAUACACCCAUGAAGGGAUGGGAAGGUAUGUUGACGGUUGGUCCAAAGAUGGAAGGUUGCGCCAAUGCAACAACAAAUCUUGAUGAUUGGCUGCGUACGAUUGAAGAGGUUCCUCUCGCGGAAAAGAUUCGAAUGUAUGCAAAUGCUUUCCAAAAUCUCCUGGCUCCCUAUCUCACUCGUGUUCCGAAUGAUAAAACUCUUCUUGAUCCACCAGAGAGUACUUCAUCGGGAAAUUGCGCUACCCGCCCUAUGGCCAGUCCCAUGCCAAAUUCUCAAGAUCCCACUGGCAGCAUGCACAACAACAUAGAUAUUAAGCCACCUAGCACACCGCCCAAACCAGAUACAUCCGCCUCAUCCUCAUCAGAUCAAGAGAAUCGUGAUUCCCUGAAUAGUUCAGCGACUCUAACCAAUUCUCCCCUCGUCGAUCUUUUGGGUGGUUCUGAUGAUGACAUAAAUCCGCCCAUUAUUGUCCUGUAUGUGGUUGAACCAUUUACCUAUGGUUGCGAUUCGCCCGAACUCGAGCGUAUCGCAUGCAUCUCGUUAUUGCGAAUUUACUCCGAACUUCUUAAAUCCAUUCCAGAAUCUGUACGUACCAAUAUCAACUUACAGAUUCUAUCUCUGGAGUCUAUACUCGAGCUAGGUCGCAAUCGGAAUCGAAAACGUCUUAGCGAUGAGUUUAAGUGCCUGGCUUUGAAUAUCUUUUCGCAAUGUCGUCGGUAUCUAUCGCACGCCAGCAGUGUCAAGAGUCUCACUGGCUUCGGAACGGCAGCCAAUAUGGAAGUCUUCCUCAAAUCAAAAGACGAACAGAACAAACAGCCACAUAAGAUGUACACACCACCUUACAUUCUCGCACCAAUGCACGAAAAGGCCGACAAAACGGACUUCUCAAGGACGCGUAAUGGCUUCGAUCAACAACAAUUCUCGGUCAUGUACUGUAACUAUUGCAUGAGUGAAGAUCAGUCAUGGUUGCUGGCCACAGUGACCGAUGAUCGUGGUGAGUUGCUCGAAAAAAUCAUCAUCAACAUUGACAUACCGAACAGGACACGCCGAAGAAAAGCACCUGCUCGGCGAGUGGGUUUGCAAAAACUCAUGGAUUAUAUCAUGGGACUUAUAUCGCAAACCGAUCAACCAUGGCGAUUGGUGAUAGGUCGAAUCGGUCGUAUUGGUCAUGGUGAGCUGAAAUCAUGGAGUUGGCUGCUGAGCAAGCAAUAUCUGCAAAAGGCCACAAAACAGUUAAAGGACAUUUGCAAGCAGUGCUCGCUUAUGUAUCCUCCAAGUAUAUUGAGUGCAUGUCUGGUGACACUGGAGCCGGACUCCAAGUUGCGUGUUAUGCCCGAUCAAUUUACUCCGGAUGAACGAUUUAGUCAAAUUUCAAUGCAAAAUCCUUUAUCGACACCACAAGAUGUGACAUGCACGCAUAUCUUGGUAUUUCCUACCAGCGCAGUUUGUCAGUCCUUCCAGAAAACAUUCAAUGAACUCAAUGAAACUCAAGUGGAUAUCGAUAAUGAUUUUAUGUUUGAUCUUGACGAAGAUCCUGAGAAUCCAAUGAGUGAUGUUAAUAUGGAUUUAUUCUGGGAUCCAGCUAUGGUUCAAACGGGAAUGGAACGUAACUCCAAUCAUGGCAGUCCAGAUCGCAUGGAAGACAAUCGCAGCUGGCAGAGUUCCAGUGGUAAUAAUUUCAACUCGUCACGCAUGCAACAUGAUGCUCAAGAUAUUGAAGAGGUCGGUUCAGUACUUCAACAACCCCUUGCUGUUGGUUAUUUCGUAUCAACAGCACCCACAGGUCGCAUGCCUGCGUGGUUUUGGUCAGCUUGUCCCCAUCUCGAGGACGUUUGCCCAGUGUUUCUCAAAACUGCUUUGCAUUUGCAUGUGCCAAACAUUCAAAACACCGAUGACAUUCUCAACUCCAAUAGCCAUUCAACAGCAAAUGAUCAUCCUUUGGAUUCCAAUUUAACCGCCGAUGUCCUGCGUUAUGUGUUAGAAGGCUACAAUGCGCUGUCAUGGCUGGCAUUGGAUUCGAAUACCCAUGAUCGUUUGUCAUGUCUUCCAAUUAACGUGCAAACGCUAAUGGAUCUCUAUCAUCUGACGGCUGCCAUCGUCUAAAAACAAACAGGUGUCAAUCUUUCCUUUCAUGUUACAUAUAUUUAAAUAAUUGUACAUUUUUGUAUAUUUUUUUUUUUUUAUAUUUUAUUAUAUUUUUUUUUGUUUGAGAUUUGUGUUGAGGACUUAACAACAAAAAAUUGUAUGAAACUUGUAGGGAAAAAAACUUAUUAAAAAACAAAAAAAAAAAAAACAAAAUGAAAAUCUGUGAUAUUAGAUUUUAUAUGAUUAGAGAAAAAUACAACAAAAAAAGUAACACUUAACGACAUAAUUAUCAAAAAAAAAAAAAAAUAAAACUUGUAAGGAUAUACUUAUAUUAUACAUAUUAUUAUAUACAAAAUGAAAGAAUGAAACCACACACUCAUAUACAUCCCGAGCUCUUAUAUAAAAUAUAUUAUACGAUAUAAACAAAAUAUUGUUGCAAAAUAGUUUAUCUAUCCUACAACAAUGACAAAAACAGAGAUACAGCAAAAUUUUGUAAAUUAUUCUUUUUUUUAAAUUUAUUUAUCAGUUUUAAACAGCAGAACAAAAUCAAAAAAAGAGUAAUUUAUUUAAGUAUAAAUAGAAACAGCAAUAUUCCUUGAUUGGUGGUGAUUGAAAUGGUUUUUUGCAAUGUAUUCGAUUGAUCGUAAAGGGGUUUCAUAUUAUUUUUUUGUGGGGGUUAUUUUAUUGUUAUCCAUUUUAAAGAACUUGUAUCUUAAUUUUGAUUUGUUUAAAAAAAAAACUUGUUUUCAUCUUAAGUGCCUAACUUCAAUUUUAAAUUUGAUAUCUUUUUUUUAAUAUUUAUGUGCCUUUUUUAAUAUUUUUGUCUCGUUGUUUUAAUUUGCCAAGCCUAAGGAAGCACAACACAUGAAAUAUAAGAUAGAAUAUAUCAAUAAUAAUUUUUAAAUAUUUGCCAGAUUAAAAUUUAGAUCAGAAUUUUAAAUGGAUUAAUACAAGAUUAUACAAGCUCUAAAAUUGAUGGACAUUAAUUAACGUUAUGUGACUUAAGUUUCAACAUUUUUGGACCCAUUUUAAAAGUCUUUUGGGAAAUAUAUCAUGCAAAUGCAUUUUAACUUUGAAAAGCCAAUUUUUGAAUAUGUGAUAUUGAAAAGUUACUAGACUAUGUUUCUUACAAAAAAACUAUAAUGAACAAAUUUCAAUCCAAAUCGAAGUAAAAAAGUUAAAUCAGUGAGUGGUGUCAUGCGUUUGAUUUGGUUUUUAAGUGACAACUUCGACUUUGACGAAUCCGAAAUUUUUCUAUGGGCAGAUGUUGGUGUCCAUAUUUUGCUUCCGUGAGACUUCGAAGUCUUGUCAGUCUUGUUUCUAACAAUUUGAAACUGUGGAAUUUUUUUUUAAGAAGGCGUUUAGCAAUCAAUGAAAAUUUCUGUCAUUGAAAAAGUUGCCUUAUUGAAAUAUUGAAAUCUAGCCGAAAAUUUUUUUUCUGACAGAAAUGUAUUAUUGGAAUUGUGUUAAAUUGAAACGAAAAUUAGUGGAACGAUUCAUUUCAUUUUUUGACAUAAUAAUCAGUUGUUCAGGAAAAUGAAUUUCCGUCCGGAAAAUAGAAAAAUACAUUAAUAGCAAAAAAUUGCUGUGCAAAAAAAAUCAUUAAAAAAAAUUCCUUGGUUAAUUUCCAAUUGAUCAGUACAUAAUUUGCUCCUAAUCGAAAGAAUACACAUUCAAAUACCCAUUCAAAAAAUGUUCCGAAUUGAUUCGAAUGAUGGCUAUAACUGGCCCCUUAUUAUCAGAUUUGCUUCGGAGCGUUUUGGUGAAAAACUUUUUCUAAUCAAACAAAAACAAAUGUGUUAACACAGUCACUGACACCCAUUCAUAUAAUAAGAGUUGUGUGUCAUUUACAAGCUGUUAAAAUAAUUCGUUUAGGAAUUUGGUUUUGCUUUAACAUUUCCAUCAUAACAAAGUGAGCUGAAAUAACUUAAAACCCUAGCAAAUUUGACUAUCGCAAAGUGAAGAAUAUCGAAUAUUCGCUUGUUUGUAGUCAAAUUUCGCUAUGUGUUUUAAUCAUUAUUAUUUUUCUGAUUUUUGAAAGAAACAAAACUAUAAAAAUUUUUUGCGAAAUGCAUAAAACAAUUUUUCGGAACAUUACGUUUUGAAUAUUUAGAAAACUAGAAACGAUCCAUAGAAAUAUAAUGGGCCCUAUCGUGAAUCUACAGGGGAAUUUUGUUUCCCUCGGAAUAUUUUUUUCCCUCGGAAUUUUGUGUGCGAUCCUGAAUCUCCCUCGGAAUUUAUUUCCAGGGAACAAAAAAUCGUAUGAAAUUUCCCCGGAAAAUUGAUUGUCGAUAUCAAUAAAUUCCGAGGGAGACUUUUUAUGAUCAUUUUCGCUCCCAUAUUUAAAACAUGGGAAACAUUUCGACGGAAAUUUUUAUUCAUGAUAACCCCCAAUCAGCCCUUUGUGAUUUUUACGUAGAAAAUGUUUCAUCCGAAAUACAAACGCUUUCAAUUUCAUAUUGUUCUCGAAUAAAGUAUCACUCUUUUAACACUGCUUUCACGAAAUCCAUUUGUAUCGGAAAUUUUCCACGACUUUCGAAAAAACAAUCACAAAGUCCGAACCUAGUUACGAUUUAUAUGAAAUAUUCCAUUACAAACGGAUUCCGUGAUUGUUUCUUCGGGAAUGGUAGCAAAUUUCUGAUACGAAUGGAAAUCGUGAUAAGGCCUAAUAUUCUCAAAAUAAGUUACGGAUAUCCUUCACAAAGAAUAUGCGAAAUCUUAAGUUUUUUUUUUCAAUUGUAAGCCUUGACAUUAAACUGAGUUAAAGAUUUAAUUUGUUUUAUAUUCUUGGAAUUGUAUGUGUAUAGAAAAUUGAAAAAAGAGUGCAGUACUACGUCCUGUUUAUCACUACUUUUGGUGAAUUGAAAUAUUGAUUUUGUCAAAUAAUCUCCUUUUGCAAUUAUGUAUUGUUUUCAACUCAUCACCAAUCUAACAAAAAAAAAAAAAAACAAACUUAAUUAAACAAAAAAGUUAAAAAAAAAAACAGAAACUUGCUGAAAACACAACCGUAAAUCAAUUAAGUUAAUAGUUAAACAAAAAUUAUAGCAUUAAUCUGCAAUAAAAAAAGUCCUCAUCCUUAAAAAAUUAAUAGAAUAAUAAUUAAUAAAAAAAAAAUAAAAACCAAACCGAUACCAUGCCACAACGUAUAAUAUUUAUUAUUCACGUUGUUCAAAAAAACAAAGUAAACAGAUCCCAAAUUAUAUAAAAAAAAAAGAAAUAAACAAAAAUCAAACUUAUAUUUUGUACAUUACUACUAGUUGUUAAGUAUAAACAAAAAAGAAAAUCUUAAAUUAAAACUUUUUCUACUUUUAAGAUGAAAAACAAUGUCUGUACAUAAAUUGCUUUACUAAAAAAAAAUAUAAAUAAACA